CUUGAUGGGUGGGGGGAGGGUUGGGUUGCCUCAUGCCCCCCAGUUUGGGAACCCAUGCCCUAGAACAAAGGGGAAGUAUGGGGGCCCAUAACCCUGUAGACUAAAGGGGUGCACAGAGAUCUGCAGCUCUCCUGACCAAGGGAGCACACGCUUGUUCAUCCUGCCUGGGCUCAGGGUGGCAGUAAAGGGUUCCCCAUCUCUCUCGGGCUCUGGUUAGCACAGGGUGUGGGAAGAGACCCAAGCCCCCGCAGGCUGCUUCCUUUUCAGAUUCGGGAGCCAGCGUGGAUGAAGAGCGAAAGGGGACCUCGCUUUAACUGCUCCUAAAUCCGUCUCCCAGCUCAGUCACUCAUUCCGUAGCUAAUUAUUCUAAGGCUCAUUUGGGGCUGCCUCCUGUCGCACGGGGAGCAGGGUGGGGAGCUGUGUUCCCUGCCGCAUUUAUUAUCCUGGCCACAUCUUCUGGUGCAGCCUAGUGCUCGGAUGAGCUGAAUGAUAUUUUACAGCUUCUGGUGACUGGCUAUAUUGAGCUGUAUUCAGUACCUGUCUUGACAGAGGCCCGGGGACUGGCCCCAAAGGCAAUUCAGGCCUUGAAGGCCCAGAUUACAACAUUCCUUGCUACGGCUCAACUUUCUGUGCAAUUUUGUUUCAUUCCUGUCUUGCCCCGCCUGCUAUUUUCCACCUUAUGUAGGAAAAAUGUGAUGCAAACUUUACACUCAGGUCUUGCCUUGUGAAACCCCACGUGGUUUUUUCUGCCCCACUAAUCCCAUCUCUGCACCCUGUCCUUCAGCAGUAUCCCAGAAGACUGGCCAUCUGUCCUAUUCCAACGAAACAAGAAUGCCCAUUUAUUCCCAAGGUUUUAGGACAGAUGUUGGCACCUGCUAUAACAAAUGGGGAGAUAAAAACUGAACUGCACUCAUGCAGCACACUCGUCUUUACCCUUCAACAUUCUGUGUUUAGGCUGAAUAUAAAGUAAAUUGGAGUAUUUUGUGGUGAGCUAGGAGAGCAGUAGUAAGGAGGUGGGGCCCUUGUGUGAUAUGUUUUAUCCUGGAGAGGAAGGAUUUUCUUCUGGUUAAAAUACUGGGCUGGCUGUCAGAAGAUCUGCUUUCAAUUUCUGGCUCCUUCACAGAAUCUCGGUGAUACCUUGGCCAAAUCACUUAUGCCUGGAUUCGCUAAAGAGAAACCCUGUCUUGUUGUCAUCUGACCAUUUUAUAAGCCUACAUUCCACUCAUAAAAGUCAUUAUUGAGUUGCAUUAGACCUAGUUCUGACCUCUAUAGAGCCCCACUUUGGUUCCGUCCCCCAGUUUGACAUCAAACAGCUGACCUACUUUUGGAAUACAGUCUUUCAAACAGAUGUGCACUCCCAUAAUGAUAGUGUCAUCAAGGGUAGGUCUAGACUGGCAGGUUUUUCCGGGAUACCGGAGGCAUCCCAGAGAAACACCGCUGCGUCCAGGAAACGUGUCCGCUUUUUUUUUUUACGGCAGAGAAAACGUGCUCUUUCGGGGAGCCCUGAAUACCUUGUUCUAUGAGGAAAAAGGGCUCCACCUAAAGAGGAGGCUUUUCCACCAUUUGGCCCGUCUAGCUGGGGCCAAAUAACAGAAAAGCCUCUUCCGGAAAAGCAAUCGAAAAAAGCUAUGCAAAUUGUGUAGUCUAGAUCUAGCCUUAGACCACAUUUCCCUAGUUUGCUUAUGAGCAUUUGAAGUAGCACUGUGUCAAAAAUCCCUAAGUAAAACCCAGAUAUAUCGCAUCUAAAGCUUUCUGCCAUGCACUAGGCCAGGAACUCUGUGAAAGAGGGAAGUUAGGUUAGUUUGCUAUGAUUUGAUCUCGAUUACUAUGCUGGCUAUUCUGUAUGACCCAGUUAUGCUUACAAAUUGGGUGUCUUAAUAAUUUGUUCUAGUGGCUUUCCAGGCAUUUCAAGUUAGCCUGACUGGUCUAUGUAAUUCCCCAGGUCCACUUUGUUCCCUUUGUAAAGGUAGGUGCCUUUCUCCUUUUUCGGGGACAUCACCAUUCCUCCAUGAGUUCAUGAUAAUAUUUCCUAACAGCAACGAGCAAUCAAGGGUGUGCUGUAACCAUCCAUUGGUUUACAUUUCUGGGGGUGGUUAUGUAGGUAGGAAGGAAACAUAGGUGUUUUUAACAUGAUAAUAUAUGUGUUAAAAAACAUUGCCAGAGACUGAUCCAGAGUUACUGUUUCACUCAAGGGUACACUUAAAUGUGUCUAUUAGUCUGUCCAGUGUGUAUUGGUUUGAGAGAGAUUUCAUCUAUGCAGAAUGUGGAAAACUAGUAAAAACAUUCUGUUAAGUCCACAAUAUAAAGAAACAGACAAAGGCCGUUUAACUCAUGAAUGAGUGACUGGAGAGAAUUAUGGGCAAACUGGCCGUUUAAAAUGGGUUAGAAAGGAAUUAUGUAGAUAGCCAAUUGUGCAUCCCCACUCCACCGAAUAGCUGAAAAAACUAUCCCUGAAGCCCCCUUCCUCCAUAUUCCUCAAUCUUUUGGGGUUGCAAAGGAUUGUGGGUUCUGAGUCAUAGGAAUAAGUAAUGUGAGGUGUUUGGGAUACAGCUAGCUGGAUGAGUAAGCAGGGGUGAGCUGCAAUUUUUGCUGCUUAUGCUAAAUUGUGCAUGUUUUAUUGUCCUCUUACCUGCUGCAUUAAAAGAUUGAUGUGCACUUCGAGAGCUACUGAUCGGAGUUAUAUAAGAGAUGAUGGCCUCCAUUCCCCUCCGGGUGACCUGCGGUCUGAUCGCCUGGCUGUCUCUCUACACCUGGUUCUGCCAUAAGUAUAAGCACCGUACCUAUGAAUGGAGCUGCCGCCUGGUCACUCUGACCCACGGUGUCCUCGCCACCUGCCUUUCUGCUUACGUUGGUUUCAUCGAUGGCCCCUGGCCUUUGACUCACCCAGGGUCACCAAACACAACCCUCCAGGUGCACGUGCUCUGCCUUAGCUUGGGCUACUUCCUCUUUGACCUGGGCUGGUGCGUAUACUUCCAGGCAGAGGGGGCACUGAUGCUGGCCCAUCACACGGUGAGCAUCUUGGGAAUCGCGGUGUCUCUGUCCCUGGGUGAGUCGGCCGCUGAAGUCAACGCCGUCCUCUUCGGCAGCGAGAUCACCAACCCGUUGCUGCAGGCCCGCUGGUUCCUGCGGGAGACAGGACUGUACCACAGCUUCACGGGGGACGUGGUGGAUUUCUUCUUCGUGGCCCUCUUCACGGGCGUGCGGAUCGGGGUCGGGGCCUGGCUGAUGUACUGCGAACUUGUGUCACCCACACCCAGGUGGUUCAUCAAGGUGGGAGGAGUGAUCAUGUAUGUGGUUUCCUGGGUUUUCAUGGUCAGCAUUUGCCGCUUUGCUAGGAGGAAAAGCAUGAAGAAAUACCAUGCCUGGCGAAGCAGGAGGAGCGAGGAGCUGUACUCGGAAAAAAAUGGUCAUCUGAAGAGUCAUUAAGCAUCGGGACUUCCAAGUUCAUUGCUGGGAUAAUGCUGUGGAUGCCGUAGGUGCAGUAGGUCUGGGGUACAGUACCUGGAAGAGACUGGAUCAGAGGGGUGUAUGUAGAUGUACAGCAAGCUUUGUGAGUCAGGAAAGGGCUUAAUUUACAAUUAAAGCUGCAGCAUAGAUAUAAAUAAUGGAAUUAGUGGCUGCCUCCUUCAGCAUUAACAUAAUCUUGAAGGAGAUAAGAUCUAGCACUAGAUCUCAAUGUACUGUCCGGUGCAGGCACCUAGUGUGGCUCCGAUUCCCUGUUCCGAAGAGGUGUGGUCCAGUGGUUGGUGUAGGCAAAGUAGGAGUCAGGAUUCCUGGCUCCCUGCCACGGACUCUCAACUUAGCUCUUUUCAUGCCUCAAUCCCCUCGUCUGUAAAAUGGGAAUAAUGAGGCCAAACCACCUCUGUCAAGCACUUUCAGUUCCUUGGAUGAAAGGGAUUCUAUACAUGCAAAAUGUAGUACAGGUUGAACCUCUCUAGUCCGAUGCCCUUGGGACCCGACCAAUGCUGAACCAGAGAAUUUGCCGAAUUGCAGGAGAUCAGUAUUGUCUAGCAGCAU